AUGGCCCAUCCACUCGGACAGCUGGUGGGGAUUGUCGCCGCCCUUGACCUUUGUCCUGGUCUUCGUCCUGGUCUUCGUCCUGGUCUUCGUCUCCUGCCGAGUGUGAACGCGUUGGACAUGAAUGCCCCCGCAGAAGCGCCACCAGACGCUAAUAGCGACUAUUUAGAUUACCAAGAUUUAACCCUGCCUCUCGAUCCGAAGCUCAUCUUUGAGGCGCCACCACAGCAUUUUCAGUCCAUUGUCUAUGUCAAGCGGCAGCACGAGCUGCUUGAUGGCGCCAUCCAUGGCUGGAUCCAAAAGGCGCGAGAAUGCCACUCGGAUUCUCUAGGAGAUCUCCAGCACCAGCUUUCGCUUUUGGCUCAAGGGGCUGCCCGGGGAGCCGACGGGAGUAUAUUAGAAGAGACUGGCAGCAAGGAUCGCUGUAGCCCAUCAGUGAACAUGAAAAGACAACAAUGGCUAGUCUUUGGCUGGAACACUGCCUGA